CACUCCCUGUAUAGUGGCGUGUAUACUCUCGCCUGAAGUGUGUGUUGUCACUUAAAAUGGGGAAAUGAAAAGAACCUCUAUCCGUGUCGCGGUUUCCACUUUCCUACCUGGUUUUCAACUUUGAAGGACUGUCAGCUCACCUUCAAGAUUCCCUCCUCGCUGUCAUGACGUCGGAGGGAGAUGGCGACCACAAUGUGGCUGAAAACGACGAAACAUACAGAAACCCCACGGAAGUGAAGAUGAGUCAAAUAGUGCUGCCUUGCCAUUCUAACCACUGCGGUGAGCUGAGCGCUGGGCAGCUGCUCAAGUGGAUGGACUCCACUGCUUGCCUGUCAGCUGAGAGACAUGCCGGCUGCUCCUGUGUUACUGCGUCUGUAGAUGACAUCCAUUUUGAGCACACCAUAGGGGUAGGAAAUGUAGUCACCAUCGUAGCAAAGGUUAACAGAGCCUUCACAUCCAGUAUGGAGGUUGGAAUAUCGGUGACAUGUGAGGACCUCUACACUGACAGACAUUGGAGGGUUUGCCAAGCCUUCGCCACCUUUGUGGCAAGGAGAACCGAAGCUGGGAAGGUCCAACUGAAGCAAAUGUCUCCUCACACACAAAUGGAGCAGAUGGAGUACAGUCUGGCAGCAGAGCGGAGGAGGAUGAGACUCAUCCAUGCUGAGAUCAUCACAGACCUGUUGAGCAGCAGCACAGCUCAGCUGGGAGAAUGUCAGGAGUAUCAGGAUGCUGUGCCAGCCGAGCGCACCCGAGUGGAGAGCGUGGAGCUGGUGCUUCCUCCUCACGCCAACCAUCAAGUGAGCACCUUUGGGGGCCAGAUCAUGGCUUGGAUGGAGAACGUAGCCACCAUUUCAGCAAGCCGCUUGUGUAAUGCUCAUCCCACAUUGAGGAGCAUAGAUAUGUUCCAUUUCCGUGGGCCAUCUCACAUCGGUGACCGACUGGUGCUGAAAUCCAUUGUCAACAAUGCCUUCAAACACAGUAUGGAGGUGGGCGUGUGUGCUGAGGCCUACCAGGGUGGCGAGCCUCAGCGCCAUAUAAAUAGUGCCUUUAUGACCUUUGAGGUGCUGGAUGGUGAUAGGAAACCAUGCACGCUUCCCCGGAUAAGACCCGAGCCUGUGGAUGGUAAAAGGCGUUAUCAAGAAGCCAUAGCCAGGAAGAAGAUACGCCUUGAUAGGAAAUAUAUUAUCUCCUGCAAGCAAACUGAGGUGCCACUCUCUGUUCCUUGGGAUCCAAGUAACCAGAUGUAUUUGAGCUACAAUAAUGUAUCCGCACUGAAACUGAUGGACACCAGAAACAACUGGGUGUUGACAUCUGAGAAAAAUAAAGUCAGACUGUACACGCUGGAAGAGAACCAGACACUGUGCUUCAAAGUGGAGAUGUAUGUCAGCGUCUCAGCCGAGCAGACGUUCCACCUGUUGUCAGAUCUCAGGAGGAGAAAAGAAUGGGACCGGCAUUAUGAGGAGUGCGAGGUAAUCACACAGGCGGAUGAGGACGACACCAUUUAUCGCAUCGCGACCCCCUCUGUCAGUAAAGGAGGCAAAGGCCAGGACUUUAUCUUGCUGGCAUCCUGUCGGAAACCAUGUGAUGUUAGGGACCCAUAUCUGAUAGCGCUGCGUUCUGUCACUUUGCCCACUCACCCUCCAACUGAGGACUACAACAGGGGAGAGGUGCUCUGCGCUGGCUUCACCAUCUGGGAAGAGUCCAGCACUGUCACCAAGGUCACCUACUACAAUCAGGCCACACCGGGGGUUCUUCCCUACAUCUCUACUGACAUUGUCGGACUCUCCUCGUCUUUUUACAGUGCUUUUUCUGCCUGUAGUGACUUCCUAGAGGCCAAUAAGAACAGCUUGUCCACUGCAUCACUACAGCCCAUCAGUGCAACUGAUAUUCUCUCUCUACAAAAGGAACAAUAGAUAACUUCUCUCUAGCAAUGUUCUGUUAUUUGAAUAAUGAUAGUUAAUGACUUAACCAUACUGUGGGGCUUUGUUAUAUUUGAAAUUAAGUGGGCAUUUAUUCAAGGGCCAAGGAAAUGCAGUAAAGGUGUGUUUCAGGUGUGUAUUUUUUUCAAAUCGGGUACUUGUUUUAAAGGUAUACAAUAGGAUUACCAGUUUUUAAACAUGAGCGCACAAUGAAUGUUCCUCUUGGAUGUAUAUGUGUUAUUGGACCCAACUGGUGUGACUCAUUUUGUGCAAUAAUCAUUUCUCAGCCAGAUAAACAAUAUAUUUUAAUGGUACAACCAGGUUGCAGAGUCAUACCAGAUUUUGUUUUGUGUCCUUUAAUAUGCAAUAUAUAUUUGAUGUAAAAUGGGGCAGUUUUAAUGUUUAGAGAUCAUGGGAUCAUGUGUAGCAUUUCUGAACUUGAACAAACAAUAUUAUGUAUAUUUUCACUGGCCAGGUAUCUCACAUGAUAUGCUGUAUUGAUUAACUGGAAUAAUAAACAUUAGAGCAUCUCUG